AUGACUGAAAUAAUCAAAGAUGGCUACCUUUCUGUAAAGGAAGAUGGUUUGAGAGCUUGGAUAUGGUCAAAGCGUUUUUGUGUCCUCAGAGAUCAAGCCUUGACAUUUCACAGAAACGAACAAUCUGGACAAUGUGUUGCUUUGAUCUUUCUCAAAGAAAUCACAUCAGUAACAAGAACUGAUCUAAAGCCUUACUGUUUCGAGGUAGCUACAAAAGAUAAAACCUACUACAUUGCAUGCAAAAGCGACGAAGAUCUGUACUCGUGGAUGGAUGAGAUUUACAAUAGAUCCACCGUGGGCGCUUCAGGCCCUACCAAUUUUGUCCAUGAAGUCCAUGUCGGUUUUGAUCCCAAUACAGGUGCAUUUACAGGUUUACCUGAUCAAUGGACGAAAUUGCUGAAAGGGUCAGCUAUUACUGCCGAGGAUGCCGCCAAGAAUCCCCAAGCUGUAUUGGAUGUACUCGAGUUCUACACGGAGCAAACCAAGAGAGAAGCAGAGGAAUACGGCUCCUCCAAUCUACAGGGCGCUGUCGAGAGGAUGAGCGAUGAUCGCUGGGCUGCUUUAAUCAAUGAAAGAUCAGAACAGAAACCUAUAUCACCUCACCGCCCUGCUCCGCCUCGACCAGCACCACCACCACCCAUUCAACCAGGUAGAAGACCAGAUAUGAAUGAGAUGAUGGACGAACUUGCUAUUCGCACACCUAAAUCACCCAAAUCGCAUAUGGAUUCUCGACAUCAGUCGCCUAGUGAUAGACUUCCUCCAUCACCCGGCUAUCCUGCUUAUAACUCCAACUCCAGCAACAAAUACCCAAGACCAGAACCAUCCAAAUCUCAUGGUACUCAAAGAGUGCCUGCUCGUACUACCAGUAUUUCCACCUAUGACGAACGUAUCAUGUUCGAGCGUGAAAAGCUUGAAAUUGAGAUGCGUGAAAGAGAAAGACAAAUUCGUGAGCAGCAAAGAGAAAAGGAGAGACUCCGUGAUCAACAGGUACAAAAGGAGCGUGAAAAGGAGCGUCAGCGCGAAAGAGAGCGAGAGAGAGAAAGAGAGAUCCGUGAUAGAGAGAGAGAAAAGGCUGCUCAGAUUGUCUCUGCACCCAAGAAGAAGGUCGAACAGCGUAUCAGUACCAUGACAGAGGCUCAAGUCAUGGAGCAACUGAGAAGCGUGGUAACGGCUGGUGAUCCUAAUGAUUUGUACAAAAAGAUCAAGCGUGUUGGCCAAGGUGCUUCUGGCUCUGUGUAUGUAGCCCAAUCUCUUGCCACCAACACCAAGGUGGCCAUCAAGCAAAUGGACCUCGCUCACCAGCCUCGCAAGGAUCUGAUUGUUACUGAAAUUUUGGUCAUGAAGGAAUCACAACAUCCCAACAUUGUCAACUACCUCGACUCUUUCCUAGUUAAGAACAGCGAUUUAUGGGUGAUUAUGGAAUACAUGGAAGGCGGUGCUUUGACUGACGUGAUUGACAACAACACCAUGACCGAACAGCAAAUUGCUACCGUCUGCCACGAAACUACAGCUGGUCUCUUGCAUUUGCACUCUCAAAAUAUUCUCCAUAGAGAUAUCAAAUCAGACAAUAUUUUGUUGAAUGCUCAAGGCCAAGUCAAGAUUAGUGAUUUUGGUUUCUGUGCCAAGUUGACGGAUCAAAGAAAUAAGCGUGCUACCAUGGUAGGUACCCCUUACUGGAUGGCACCUGAGGUGGUCAAGCAGAAAGAGUAUGGCGCUAAAGUGGAUAUCUGGUCUCUCGGUAUCAUGGCUAUUGAAAUGAUUGAAAACGAACCCCCUUACCUUGAUGAAGAACCUCUAAAGGCUUUGUAUUUGAUUGCUACUAAUGGUACACCUACCUUGAAGAACCCUGAAAAGCUCUCCCGCGAACUCAAGGGUUUCUUGGCUGUCUGCUUGUGUGUGGAUGUUCGAUCCAGAGCAACUGCUGAUGAAUUGAUGAACCACGAGUUUUUGAGAAAGGCAGGUCCAUUAGACAUUUUGGCCCCUCUACUUAAAUUCAAGACAAGACACUAA